ACCUUUGACCACUAUAUAGACCCCCUAAACGCUCUCUUCGCACUGCACAAAAACAAGAUCACACCAAAAACACACGCAACGUUUUCAGUCCCCAUUUUACCCGUCACCGCAAAAAGACUACACAGCAACAACUCUCGAUGCCGGGAACCCUAAAUCUCACUCUCAUCACCGGUGCUGGCAGAACACUUCGGCUCUCCUCCGAAGUCUCCUCCCUCUCCAGUAGGUUCGUCCGGCCUCCGAUUAUGGAUUCCGCCAAACAAUGCAGGCCAGCGAUCCGGGCUUUCAGUGCGACGGUGUCGGCGAUAGUUUCCCGGCGGCCGGCAAGUCUCUACGAGGUGCUCCGGAUCAAGCAGAACGCGUCUUCCGUGGAAAUCAAGUCGGCAUACCGGAGCCUUGCGAAGAUGUACCAUCCUGAUUCAGCGGUACGGCCGUCGGAAUCCGACGAAAGGGACUUCAUCGAGAUCCACGACGCGUACGAGACGCUGUCGGAUCCGUCGGCCAGAGCGCUCUACGAUCUGUCGUUGAUGGCCGCGCACGGUGGUAGGCGCUUGUUCUCGUCUUCGGUGGCUCCGAAUGGCUCUUCCGGAUUCUACCAGACCCGGAGAUGGGAAACGGACCAAUGCUGGUAGAUAGCUUAAAAAAAAAAAGGAAGAAAAAUUAACUUCGUUUGGGAUGUUAACAAAAUAGUAGGUUGCUCAGGAAAAAUAAAAAAUAAAAAAAGA